AUGCUGAACUGGGACUCCUCCUCGACCGAAACCCCAGACCAGCAACGAAGCAGGCUCGUCACUAAGUUUCUUAACAUCGAUAUCCUUCCUCUUGAAUGGUUCCAAGAUCAGGGACACCUUCUAUCUCAUAGGCCCAGGCCACCGUUACCUAUAACAGAAGAAAAUAACACGUAUAUACUCAUUGCAGGUGAGGAAGCCUUUCGGUCUGGAAGUCUCCUGGUGCUUUAUUUAGACGGCUUUCGAAGGGUGGUCCGCGGGGGUCGUAUUGAUCAAGAACUCGAUGAUAUCGCUAAUAUCGUCGGGAUAUGGAUGUGUACGGCUGAUAUUAUGGGAUAUCCAACCGUCUCGGAGAGAUAUCGAGUGAACGGUGAUCUUGGACGCGAAUUAUAUCAGUUGACUGAGGAGCUCCUUGCUGAUCCGUGA